AGAGGACAACCACGGGUGUUGCUUCGAGGGUGGACGGCGCCCGCGCGUACAGGACACCGUUGGGGUUUCUGUCAGUCUUAUUCCCCUCUUCGGACACCCUCGACGUUCGCGUGUCACGAAACGGCUCGUCGUUACAUUGCUGUGGUGCUGGUCGGUCAGAAUGCUUGGACGAGUGUCAGUAUCGAUUCACCUGGUAACUGGUUAUGCCGCAUCGUAAGGAGCACUUCCGGCCCGGAAGAUCCGCUCCAGGAUCCAAUGAUCUGGACGCGCGCGGAUUAGAUGUAGUCGGUGAUAUCACUGAAGGAUGCACCUCCAACAAUUCUUGCUCGGCACGUUCACACUCGCGACGUGUUGCCGUAUCAGUUACGGGCAAAAUGACACAAGGACUGACGAGGAAGAUUCCACAGAAUCAAUAAUACCCGCGGAAAUGAAAAUAACGUCAUGGAACGAUAUGCCAUUUUCCGGAUUAGUGCAGGAGAAUGGAACGUGGGUGGGAAAGGGCUACGCUUUUUACCUGCUGAAGCUGCUUAGCACCAAAUUAAAUUUCACGUACACCAUCGUGCCGCCUAAAGAGCACGUGCUGAGCAGACGAAACGGAAUAUUGAGCUUACUCUACGAAAAUAAGGUGGACAUGGCAGUGGCUUUCGUGCCCAUCUUGCCGGAAUUGCGAAAGUUAUGCACGUUUAGCACGGCCUUGGAUCAAAGCGAGCUAACAGCGUUAAUGAAACGACCGCAAGAUUCUGCCACCGGUACCGGAUUACUCGCACCAUUCGAUCAAACCGUUUGGCUGUUGGUCCUGGCCGCGGUGCUCUCUGUCGGGCCAAUCAUUUUCAUAUUCACCAAAGUCAGGUCGAAAUUGUGGCACGAUCCUAAUUCCGAGAGGUACACCUUGCCCUCCUGCAUGUGGUUCGUGUACAGUUCCUUGCUGAAGCAAGGAACGACCAUGAUCGCGACGACAGACUCGACGCGCCUCCUGUUCGCUACAUGGUGGAUAUUCAUCUUGAUACUGACGUCCUUCUACACGGCGAAUCUGACCGCGUGUCUCACGAAGCCGCAGAUGACUCUGCCGAUCAGCUCCUUAGAAGACAUAGUGCAGAAGAAUUACCAGUGGGUCGCUUACAAAGGGCGCACCCUCAACUUCUUGCUUUCUAAUCACACUUCGGAAGACUUGAACAUAUUGAAUAGUAAACCAUUGAAUGGCCACUACAUCUCGACGUACGAAUAUCCGGUUAAAAACAUCCUCAACGCAGUCAACAAAAACAAACUGUUCAUCGGGGAGGCCCAUUACCUCCAAAGUUUGAUAUUCGAGGAUUACAUUAAUAAAACUCGCAAACAUGUGGAACACCAGAAGCGAUGUACAUAUGUCAUCAUGUCGAAGACAAUUCUUCUUACCGCUAGAGCGUUCGCCUUCCCUGUAAACUCCACUCUGGUGAAGCCGAUUAAUAAAGAGCUGAUGGCACUGGUGGAGGCCGGUAUAAUAAAGCGCGAGAAGCUGAAGGAUUUACCACUAGCACCGAUAUGCCCACUAGAUCUUCGCUCGAGCGAGAGGCAACUUAGGUUUUCCGAUCUAUCCCUGACCUUCCGCGUCGUGCUGGUUGGAUACGCGAUCGCCACGGCAGUCUUCCUCGUUGAGAUCCUCGCCAGGUGGACGAUAAACCUUUGCAAGCGACGAAAGGGGACGACCAGGUGGAGCGUUCGCUCGCUCUGCUGUACGUGGAAGACCAGAUCGAAGACCAGGUCGAAGAAGAACGUCACCCCGCGUCCGAAUCACGUCAUGAUCAACCGCUUGUUAGAUAAACGAGGAGCGAAUCCGCAGAAGAUAAGCCCGCUUUCGUUGUACCAGAACGCCCCGCACGGUCUCGUUCAGGGAAAGAAGCACUGCAUCAAUGGACGCGAUUACUACGUCGUGUUCGACCGCUACGGCGACCAAAGAUUGAUUCCAAUCCGGACGCCAUCCGCGUUCCUCUUUCAGUACACGACGUAGAAUCCGUGGAACUGAUUAUCAGAGGCUUUCAGGAACUCUGUCCGUUCCAAGUAUUACACAUCCUUCGCCGAGUAUUACGCAUGAUCGACCGUCCCGCAUAAUAUAUAUUGCAUCAGUGUAAUCUGAGCGUAUUGUUAAUUCAUUCAAGCAUCAUUCGCGGAAUGAUGAUUUAAAAAUUCAUACCAGUUGAUAUAAUUCUAUGUACAUAGAGUGUGUGUCAUGUCGGAGUACUUUCUAUAACCCCUUUUACGUGAGAUGCGUGCUCUGUAUAGUUAGAUAAGCGACGUCGGGAACUGAUUGUAGCUACCUGUGAUAGCGAGUUGCUGAAUGAUCGAAAAUUCAACGGGACAACCGAUAGACGAACACUGAGGAGAUCUCUGUUCGUCGAAAGAGGAGAUAAUCGACUGAUGUUGCAACUUCUUUCCUACUUUGCACAAUUAGGAGAAGAAAUAAUGAUACGUACAACAAUAAAAUGAUGAUUUUAGAAUGAAAAAAAAAAAUCGAUUUUCAGAUUUCUGUUAUCGUAUCUCAUUAUUAUUUUUUCGAGUUACCAAACGCGAUUGGACCAGAAAAUGAACACUUACCAAACGAUGACAGGAAUUACGCAUUCACGCUGCAAUUCGGUUGAAAAACGACGGUGCGAAGCACGCAGGAGGGAUCUUGAUCGAUCCCGGGACGGCGCGGCGUUGGCGAGAUCGCGACUGUCGACGCACAAUAACCUCGCACGCCGGAUCUGCGGCCUGCGGGUCGUGACAAAUGCAACGCAUCUCGGGCGGAGUUCCGCACACGCGAAAUUAGCAUCACGCGACGCCAACGAGCGCGAGAAACGCAAAAAAUGCGGCUCGUACGCGAUUCAAACGCGAUUCGUCACUUCAUCGCGUUUCACAACGGCUCGCGAUUCGAAAUCGGGUGAACGGCGCGUAAAGUUUCACUGGACGCCCGAAGGAUGGCGUCACCAUGGAUUUUCACGCUCCGAUCGAGCACGCGAUAACAACUGAUUACGAGUCACGUGUUACGUCACCAAGAUAACCUAUCAUCGUCGCAUUUGAUCGAAACCUUUAAUUCUUUACCAUGAGUGUCUCUCGGCUGCAGCCCUGUAUCCAGCUUCCUCUCUCGGAGGACGUGCUGAGAGAAAGCGUGGAUAAAGCGAAAGACUGGACGCUUAUGCACGGUAAAUGUCUUGUUAGCGACAAAUGACAGUUUUAAAGUGGUUAAACAUAUGACGCACGCAACAAGUGAUCGGCCUGGUUGUUUCGUGAAUUUCGAUGUAAAAAUAUAUGUGAACAUAAAAUAAUUAUCGUGAUAAUUAUAAAUAGGAUAAUUUUUCAUAUUAUAUGUACAAACACUUUGUAAUAUUUACAAUGUAAUUAGAGAAUUACUAAUACAGCGUUUUGUAAAAUGUUACUUUGUAAUGGUAUUAUGUAAUAAUAGUAAUAAUUAAAUAAUAGUAACAAUUAUCUGACGA